AUGGAGCAAAAGCCGCCUACGCAAUUUGUCGACACGUCUGAGACCGUGAGGGCUCUAAUAGAUGUUUUGUCCACCGUUGAAGCAGAGUCUGGGUGUAUUCACCUGGACUUGGAAGGGGUGGCUCUGUCUCCCCAUGGGUCGAUAUCCAUCAUACAAGCCUGGAUCCCCACGCUCGAGCAGGCUUUCAUUGUCGAUGUUCACACCCUGGGCGCGCAAGUACAGACUCACAAAGUACUUAUUUUCGACGUUCGGAACGACGCCGAUGCGCUCUUCAAGGCCGGACUGGCAGGUAUCAUGGACAUACAGCUCCUGGAACUGGCUUCUAGGAAGGGCUCGAGGGACCAGAUAUGCGGACUAGCCGCGUGUCUGAAGCAGGAGAAGGUGCUGCCAAGACUCGACCAAGACGAGUGGCAGAGCAGAAAGACGAAAGUCACGCAGAUGUUCGAUCCCAGGCUUGGCGGCUCGUACGCAGUGUGGAAUGUUCGUCCCCUGCCGCAGAUUCUCACCGGCUAUGGUGUUGCAGAUGUACAAUUGCUACCCGCCCUCCCGGUACGUACGAAAAGCGCCCCGACGAUGAGUGGCUGGAAAUGGUUCGCGCGGAAUUCGAAAAGAGAUCGGUAG